UCGACCAACAGUCGGCUGAUUUUUCAACCUCACACUGCAACUUGAUUCCAAUUCCCGCCGUGCGAGAACAGCUCAGUGCUUCGAACGCCACCCUGUCACCCCAGAGGGUGGGAAAUUUACACCUAGCCCCCACCAUGUCAACAUCUUUAUCGGCCGGUGGCAGCACAAAUCGAUACUUGACUCUGAGAAGCCCCAUUCCCCCGAUGCAGGGACAAGGCCAAAAGCCUCGAAAUAGCUAUCCGGAGUUUCUUCAGCCGAGGCUUUCGUUGAAUGGAACCGUUUCGGGUCACCGGCACUUAGUGCCGUCUCCUCGGCCGUUGUUUCGGGAACAAAGUUCACGAUCCUUUCAGCCAUUUCUAGAGAGUUACACAGGCACAGUGGCUAGCGGCGGCGGCGGCAAUGGCGUUGGCAGUGGCAUGCACACGACAGAACUGUCAAUUACGCCAUCUGUCGCUGGCGACGAGCAGUAUAUUGAUUUGGGCAGUUUAAGGCGCUUCUCAAUAGAUCGUCAGAGUUUCAAUGAUCUUGGAUCGAAAUUUGGAAUGUCGCGGCCGCAAUUCGGUCAAAGCGUUUCACAGCAAGGUUUCUUUUCAUCACACGACAGCCUAACAGCACCAUGUGUAACACGUGCCUCAAAUCCACAUGUAGCCAGCACUGCCUCCGAAAUGGAUUUGACACGAAAGCCACAACGACGGAAAUCAAGGGGCCGACUGAAAGCUGGCGAACAGCCUCUGCUCGGCUCAUGGAAUCGCACUGGAAUGAGAGGCUCACAAGAUAAUACAUUGGGCACUGGCGCUUUAGCGUCCAGUAAUCAAAUAAAUAGUGGAAAUUAUUGCAAUGGAACUGAUAGACUAAACCGACGUUCUGGUUGUGCGACAACAGCUAGCGGUUGUAAUCCAAAUAGUGGAAACACCUCAAAUCUACGCUUUCGCAACAGUACUAGCUCAGCGAUGACAGCCGGAUCGGCGGCUAAAUUCACAUUCGUAUUCGAUCCGGCGGGCCGGCUUUGCUACUAUUGGUCAAUGGUUGUUAGUUUAGCAUUUUUGUACAAUUUCUGGGUGAUAAUCUACCGGUUCGCCUUCCAAGAGAUCAACGGCAAGACCAUUGUCGUAUGGUUCUGCCUUGACUACCUCUCGGACUUUCUGUAUCUUGUAGAUAUACUCUUCCACUUUCGAACCGGCUACCUCGAGGAUGGCGUACUACAAACGGACUCCUCGAAACUCCGCCAACAUUACAUGAACUCAACGACAUUCUACAUUGAUUGCCUGUGUCUACUGCCAUUAGAUUUUUUAUACUUAUCGAUCGGUUUUAAUUCGAUACUGCGCUCGUUUCGUUUAGUAAAGAUCUAUAGGUUCUGGGCGUUUAUGGAUCGCACCGAACGCCAUACGAACUAUCCCAAUUUAUUCCGGUCAACGGCACUCAUUCAUUAUCUCCUUGUGAUAUUCCAUUGGAACGGGUGUUUAUAUCAUAUUAUUCAUAAGAACAACGGUUUCGGGUCCCGGAACUGGGUGUACCAUGAUUCGGAGUCGGCCGAUGUAGUUAAACAGUAUUUACAGAGUUAUUAUUGGUGUACGUUAGCUUUAACGACGAUCGGUGAUCUGCCCAAGCCCCGGUCGAAGGGUGAAUAUGUUUUUGUGAUAAUGCAAUUACUUUUCGGUUUAAUGUUGUUUGCAACGGUUUUGGGGCACGUGGCGAACAUUGUGACAUCGGUGAGUGCAGCGCGAAAGGAAUUUCAAGCAAAAUUAGACGGUGUAAAGACUUAUAUGCGAAUGCGUCGAGUACCAAAUCAUCUGCAGGUCAAAGUCAUCAAAUGGUUUGACUAUUUGUGGCUAACCCAAAAGUGUUCCGACGAAGAACGAGCCGUAUCCUGUCUUCCUGAUAAACUAAAGGCUGAAAUAGCAAUUAACGUCCAUUUAGAUACACUUAAGCGAGUCGAAAUAUUUCAAAACACCGAAGCUGGUUUCCUGUGUGAGCUGGUGCUACGAUUGCGGCCGGUACUCUUUUCACCUGGUGACUAUAUUUGUCGAAAAGGUGAAGUUGGCAAAGAGAUGUAUAUUGUUAAUCGGGGUCGGCUUCAGGUGGUCGCUGAUAAUGGUAAAACUGUGAUGGCAUCAUUAAAGGCAGGUUCCUAUUUUGGCGAAAUUAGUAUACUUAACAUGGGAACAGCAGGUAAAGAGCUUGGUAAUCGACGAACAGCAAGUGUACGCUCUGUUGGAUACAGUGAUUUAUUUGUACUCAGCAAAACCGACAUGUGGGAUGUCCUUAAAGAAUAUCCAGCAGCGAGGGUACGUCUAGAGUCAAUAGCAGUAAAACGUUUGGAGAAAUACAAAAAAGCUCCAUUAGAGAAAGUUGCCAUGGGACGAUGCCAGUCAACGCCGGGACUUGUGGAAAGUGAGGGUCGGACGACACUAGAGGAUAUGUGGUUACCACCAGGACCAUCAUCUGUAGCAUAUACUCAACCAUUAGCAUAUAGUCGUGCCCCUAGUCCUAGAUUAACCCAAACAGUAACCGAACGUCUUGCAAGGACGUCAGAUUCACCAGGCUCUAUGAGUCCAAGUGUACAUAGUUCAGAUGAUCGGCCACGUAGUCGAGCCACAUCCCAUCAAUCACGCCCCCAAUCACAACCCAGUAGGACUGGUCACAUUUGCGGAUCAAUAUCACAUAUUGAAUGUUAUGGUGGAGCUGGUGGUGGUGCAACACCUCUACUAGGCUCCCACGAAGCCCUAGAAGACGAAAUCAAAAGGCUUAGGGAACGUUUGCACACAGUCGAGUCUGAAAACCAAGCUUUGAAUACGAAAUUAUCCCAACAACAAUGGGAUCUUGAAAAUCGACUGGCCGAAAUUGAAAUGCAAAUUUGCGGUGCAUCAUCAACAUCGAGUCUAGAUCCUGAAAACGAAACCGAGGAAUUGGAAAGAAAUCGCGAGUCUAUCAUAUAACACGGGAGCGAGCUGCCCCAGCCGAUUGGUGUGAUGUAUGUAUCGUGCAUAUCAUGACAUAAUUACAAAACCAAUAAAGGUCAUCCUGCGCAGCUCAUCCUAAUCGGCAUCGAAAUCGGGCAGCUGUUGAAUAAUUUUAGCACUAUUUCUCCUUUGGUCAUCAUUUCUUCAACAUCAUUUAUGUUUUUCUAAGUGUUUUUAUUUUUUGAUAUGAUAUUUUUGUGAGCUGUCAGAAUGUUGAGGUUCAUUGAUAAAAUUGUAUUUUGUUUUAAUUUUUAAUAUUUAAUUUUGAUUUACAUCACACAAGGCCUUUUACGAACUUUAAAAUCGAGUGGAUCCUUCUUCUUCUUCUUGAAAAUUAUGUUUAUGUAUUUUUUCUUAUUUGAAAGUUUGAAUACCAAACGCCCAAGCCUGAUCCUCUUUAGCUUAGUUUAAAUUAUUCAAAAGCUUAUUUUCAAGAAUGAACUAUUUACAAAGACAUUGUUUAAUCUCACUGAAAAAGAAAAAUCUAAAUCUAAGGAAUUCGGGGAAGAUUAAGGAUUCCUUAAGGCAAACAAAAAAAAUAACAAGACCAUCAUCAUCAACAUUGUCCUUCAUUAGACAGUUGUAAGUUAAAGUAAAUUUAAAUUUAUUCACUUAAGCGUAUUAUUAUCUUCCAGUAAUCCUUUGUCUCUCAUAGAACAGGACCUUCAAAGUCAAAUCGGCUUCGAGUUCUCUCUAAAGAGAUUUUCUGAUUCUAAUGCUAAUGAGGUGAAAAUUAAAACCUUAAUUCAGCAUAAAAUUGAUUUUGUUUCAUUCUUUUUUUUGUAAUGUACUCGUUUUCAUAGUUUACUGAAUUAUUUUUCCAAAACUACAUUUUCGUGUAAGAAUUUUGAAAUCUUCAUUCAUAAAUUUAUCGCUCAUAGAAAAAGGAACUUUUGAAAAAAAUUAACUAAGGCAUAAAGUGCAAGUAAAAUGCUUUCGCGAACUAAUUAAACAUUUACUACCUCAUCUUGGAGUGGGGGUUAUUUCCUUCGUUCUUUUUUUUGCCUGUGUCUAUUAUGUUUUUGUGUCCAUAGUGUAAUUAAUUCGAAUGAGCAUUUUUGUCGGGGAUGACAGGUAGCAGUGGCAAUGGGAAGGACGUGUUAUGAGUGAAAAUAAAAAUGUUGCCACCACUUUUUACCAAAUGAGAUGAGAAGAUUGGUUUGGGGGUGCGCGUCAGCGCCGGCCGUCAGUUAAUUGAAUUUUUUAUUAUUCUUCCUGUCUUCAGUUAAUGGGUGCAUUUCACAAAGGGAUAUUAACAAAGGAAUUCAAGGCAUUACUUGUGUGGAAUUUAUUUUAACAUUUUUCAAGUAGUUUUGUUUUAGGAAGACAUUUUAGAAAUUUUGUUUCAGGAGAAAAAGAUUGUUGCAAUUAUUUUUGUGUGAAUUUUGUGUAGGGAUUAUUUUUUAUUCGUCUUGAAAAUCAAACAAUCUUUUUAAAUGCCGUCUUAAGACUUAAGGUUUUAUUUUAAUUAUAUUUAAAUAAAAUGUAUUAACAUUUUUAAAAUUACUUUUUUUAACACUUUGUAAAACAUAUCCGUUUUUAUAAAAUAGAAAAACAUUACUACUUUUUGACUUUUCAUGCUUUUAAGUACAUUUUCUACAAACUUGAAACUUGAACCUUUCCAUUCUGAUGGACAACUUCUGUAUACUGUAUUCCACAUAUAAUCAUUUUUUUUUUAAUUAUUAUUCAACAUCUUAACUCUAUAAAACACCUUGCGAAAAUCUCUCAACAUACAUAGAAACUGAUUUCGAUUAAAAAACAUACAUAAAUAAAAUCAUAGUCAAAGAAUUCUAUCUUCGAAUUCAUCUCAAAGCAAACGAUUAAAAUGAUCGAUAGGUUCAAAGGGACCACUGUACAUAAAAUUAAAAUUUUUGACCCGACAUACAAAAUAAAUUUAAAAUGUAAAAAGUAUAUUACAUUUCAUAAAAUGAAAUUCACUUACUAUUAAAAAACAAAUAGAUUAAACAAAUUCGUAUAUUUUUAAUUUCAAAAAAAAAAAUAUAGGUAACUAAAUACAAAUAGAAUUUUGAAACAAAAUAAAAACACACACACGUUGUAUAUAAUGUCUAGUUUAAAUGUAUAUUAAAAAAGCGAACAAAUAGAAUACAAAAUAAUGAAAAAAAAAACAAAAGAAAACAAAAAAAACAUAGGAUUUGCCAUCAUACAAAAAUAUAUAUAUUAAACAAAAAUUAUGUAUGUAAUUUGAAAUUAUAGCAAAUAAAAUUAUUAAAAUUAAAAUUGAAAAUUAAACAAUUCUCAAAAAACUGCCAAAUAAUGAAAUUACAAUAGGACAUUACUUAAAAUAUUAAUUAGGUAAUUUAAUUAUCUGUGUAAAAAAUCGUAUUAAAUUUUAUGACUAAACAAAAAAGAAAAUAAAAUUCAUAACUUUAAAACAAAAAAGACAACAUUUUGUAACAAAACAACUUGGAAAGUUGAAAAAUGUAUAAAAUAGAACACAAAAACUAUUUCAAAAAAAGCUCAAAUAAAUGUAAUCUGAAAAUUAGAUAAGCAUUUUAUGGAUCAAAAUUUUAAUUUAAACAUUAAAAAAAUACAAAGUUAAAUAUUUAAAAUUUUAAGAAAAUGCAUUGCAUUGAAUAAGAAGUGAAAUUGAGAAAAUUGUGACAUAGUAAAGUUUGUAAGUUUACUAAAAUAAUGUUUUUUAUUUAAACAAAACAAAAAUCUUUUUAUUCAAUUUAUGUAAAUUUAUAGAAGAAAAAACAAAAAUUAAAUAUAAUUAAAUUUUAAAAUUAUUAGAUGUCUUAAAGUACUGCUAAUUAUUGUUAAGUUUCUUAGACCAUGUUUUAUGUUUGAAUUUAAAAUAAUUGUUAGACUUAUAUUUUAUAGUUUGUUUUAAAUAAAUGGAGGAAUGAAGUUUGAAAGAGUAUUUAUAGAAAGUUAUUGUUAAUUUUGUGUGUAUACAUACUUUGAAAAAGAUUUAAGUUUCCAAAAUGAUACCAAUUUUUAAUUAUGCUUUUUAUUUAAUAUGAAUUGAAAGAAAAAAGAAAAUGUAAAAUGCUUUAAUAUUACGCAGACAAAAUUAGCGCAUAUUCAUGGGGUUUCAAUAAAAACAAAACAAACGAGAACGAAUAAAAACAAACAAAAAACAAAAACAAUUAUAAAUCACAAACAAAAUAUAUAUAACGGCACAUUUUGUACAUAUAACUCUCAUUCAUAAAUUAGAUAUCAAGAACUUAUAUCUUCAUCUCUGAACCUCCAUGAAUUAAAAUAUAUAUAUUUUAUUUUUUAAAUAAUUAUUAUAUGCUUAAAAUUUAUAAUAUUUAACUUUAAAUGCUUUAAGAAUUUUAAUAUUUAUUCAAAAGAGAAAUAAAAUAUAUUUUAUUUGCCAAAUUGUUAUCAACAAAAAAUAUAAACAAAAUAUCUUAUUCAGAUUGUAUUUUAAAAAAAUUUCGUUGCUUAUUUUAAAUUGUUUUCAAUGUGAACAUCGAUUUGGUUGUGUUGUUGUAAAAAAUAAAUUGCAAGUAAAAAUAAAUAUAUAGAAGAGAAGUAUUUAAAAAAAAAUAUGUUGUAUGAAACAUAUUCAUGAAAAUAUAUUUACAUUUGCUUUAUUUAUAAUCGUGUAAAAGAUAUAAAUGGAUAUUAUAUAUUAUAUUAUAUAUACAUAUAUGUACAUGUCAGCCCGAAAAUGUGUUUUCGUAUUAUUUUAGUUUUGGUUUAACUCAAUUUUCGUGUGCAUGUCCUGUUGAUUUUAUGUUAAAAUUAAAUGAAAUAGUUUAGAUUUAUGGAAAGCCAAACAAAAAAAAAAACAUACAAAAGAAAUACUUAAGACGUGAGAAAAGGUGUAAUGUUUUAUUAUUACAAGAUUAGUUAUAUACAUUUAAUAUAUAGUAAAAUUUAAACCAAAACAAAAAAGAAAAAACAAUUUUAAAAAUCUCCCAAAAUAAAACAAAAACAAAAAACAUAAAAAUAUCUUAUUUUCAAGAACCACGAAACAAAAAUUAAUAAAAAUUCAUUGUAAUUUCUAUGAAAUAAAAUGAAAAUUGACAAAUUAUUUAAUAUGAGUUUUUCCUUAAACUAUUGUCCCAUCCCCAUUUACAUCUUUAGAUAGAUAGAUAUUCUUUAUUUUCGUAUAUUUGGUAAGCUACCACACAGAUUUUUUUUGAUAAUACAAAUUUGUGUAAUAAUUUUGAAGAAAACUUUAAACAAAACCCUCAACGCAAAAAGAAUAAGGCAGGUGCAGUUUGACUCAAAUAAAUUGAAGAUUUCUAAACUUUUGUUUAGAAGUAUGUUAGUAGAAAAAGGUUAGUUUAAAUAAUAUGUGA